CCUAGCCGCUCAUUUAGCUUUGUCCCUAAGAAACGUCAUAUGGAACCUGAAUCUUCAAAGAUGCAAUGUCACUGAUUGUAGGCUUUGCGCCCCAUAUCCGUCUACACCAAUGGUCAACGUCGCAAUAUUACCGUCGGCGCAACCAUGUUCGAGGAAGAUGACCUUCCAAACGUCUUCGCAAUUCCAGACUUCUGGGAGCCGUCCAAAUUGCUAAAAGACCAAUUGCCCAGGGCCGACACUGGUUUCUUUGCUCUAGACCUAACAGACACAGAGCUGCCUUCUUUAUGCAAUCCUCCCGAUCCUCAACCCAGCGAACUAUUCACACUCCCUGCCAUAGACCCUGUACCGCAGCAGGAGGAGUCGAACACGAUUGAAACCCCCAGUUUCACGUUCGAAGAACCCACAGCAGAGGAAGAGGUAGAAGUGGCCGAUUUCUGGUUAGGGUUUGACAAGCCCGCCGCGAAACUACCGGAGUACAAAACUUGGGAAGGCUUCCAGUCUCCCGACAUUCCCUCGACAAGGCCAUUGUUCAUAACGGAGGCUGGGCCUGGGGCAUUUGAUGCUUUGAUCGGGCUUAAAGAGGAUCCUCUACACAUCGGAAAUGCCGACUUCACCGUCGUGGAAGCUGAGACAUAUUGCAAUGCCCUUCUCGCUCUGGCUCUUGGAAGAGACUCUGUGUUCUUCUCUUGGCAAGACGAGCAUGAAGCCUUCAAGCCAACCUUACCCCAGAUCAGGAUACCGGCAUAUUCAGGUAAAGCUGUCCAGGAAGUCCAGCGUUCAUGUCUCAAGUGUGGCAAUACAUAUCGUCAACUUCGCAAGUUUGUCGACAGUACAUAUUUGAAGAACCCGACUCCAUGCCGCGUUGCUUUGGCGAGCGCUGUGGACAAGGCCCUCUUGGUCAUCCAAAGCAGUGUUGCCUUGCAUCACCAACACCCACGGUCGAUUCUCCAAGUUCAAUCGCUCGUCGCGCAUAUAUACACUACCUUGCGCCAGUUUGAGUCGUUGGUCUCAAAGAUACGACGAGGUCAUCUGGAUGAAGAUGUUCUCGUCAUCGUAUUCCAGCAGGCUCAGUCUGCUGAGUACGCCGAGACCCAUCUCAGAGAUAUGAUGCGAGAAGUCCUCCGGCGGGUAUCAAAACCCUGGAUUGAGCUUGUCGAAGAAUGGAUCGGCACACGGCGUGAACUUGGCGUGCCUCUGAGCAAACACGAAGUUGGAAGACAAAAGGGCUUCAUCAAGGUGGAAUCCGAAACCUACAUGGACGAUUUCGGCGACGAGGUCGACGAGGUCGAUUUCCGCCUAGACAAUAAGCGAAUACCUAGCUUCAUGCCGGAAGAUGUUGUCAAAUCUCUGUUCGAGGUUGGAAGAAAUCUUCGUUUCAUAAGGUCAAAUCAUCCCGGACAUCCUCUGUCACAAGAGAGCACUAUCUCUUCAAGUCGGCCCCCGACAGUUGAGUGGCUUUUUGACUGGAACUCGGUCGUGCAGUUGGAGGAUAGGAUCCGAUCAUACGAAAGUGAGGUUCUUGAAACAAUCAUGAACUUUUCUAUGCAGGGAUCAGCUGAAAGAGCGGCACCAGCUUGGCCGACUGGGAACUCAGCGACGUAUCAACUUCAGCUUUUUGGCCUGGACGAGAAUCAGCUACAAAGUAAAUUGGCCUUAUAUAUCCAAGACUUCGCCAAACCGAUUGCCGACUCGACAUCAGAAGACCUGCUAGGCAUUAUCAUCAGGGAGCGCUUGUCCGAUGUUACGACCGAGAUCGCCAGUGCCGGCACUGAUUUUACACCGCACUGGUCGCUACUUCCGAUCCUCUCAUUCGGGUCCAUCAUAUCCGCGCAAUCUAGAGUCGUGGGCAGGGAAAGUCUGAAACUGCUCUUCACAUCCCACAACUUACGUGAGCAUCUGAAGCUUCAGAAAGAGUUCCACUUGUUAGGCAACGGAUUCUUCUGCAGCCGCCUCUCCCAUGCCCUAUUCGACCCAGAUCUCGAGACGGCUGAGAGACAGCCUGGUGUUGCUCACCAAGGCGGAGUCAUGGGAUUACGAUUAAGUGGUAGGGACACUUGGCCACCCGCCAGUUCUGAACUACGCUUAGCCCUGAUGGGAGUAUUGACGGAAAGUUAUGAGGGGCCGCUACACGAAGACUCAAGACCUCGAGACGGCGAAAAGAAUGAACUCCCGGGUGAUCUUAGUUUCGGAGUCCGGAGUCUCUCGAGUGAGGAAAUCGACAAAUGCAUGGAUCCCACUGGACUAGAGGCCUUAGAUUUUCUUCGGCUAUCCUACAAGCCACCUGCAGCUCUAGGGGCUAUUAUUACCCCCGUCAUUCUGGUGCAGUAUGACCGAGUUUUCAAACUGCUACUUCGAGUGCUGCGGAUGCAAUAUACUGUCAACCGUAUCUUCCGCGAUGUCACGGCUAGGGAGUCGCUCUGGCAGGAUGUCGAUGACAUAUCUAUCCGCUUCUGCUUUGAAGCUCGUCACUUUGUAUCCAGCCUCAGUUCCUACAUCUUCGAUAUUGGCAUCGGAAUGCCGUGGCAGGCAUUUGAGCAACUACUGAGCCAAAUCGAAAUCGAUCUCGGGGCCGAAGACCAGAGUACAUUUUCUACCUCAGUCCUUAGCCCUGACCGCCUGAGGGAACACCACUCUCAAGUGCUUGAUCGAAUUAUGCUAGCACUACUUUUGCGCAAGCGGCAACAGCCUGUGCUCAAGCUUCUCGACGACAUUUUCCGGGUCGUGUUGAAGUUUGCCCAAUACUCGAGACUCCAAAAUGAUGGACAGAAAUCUCGUGGUCAAGAUGACGCUACUACGAAGGGCCUAUACAGGACGUUCAAGCGGAAUGUCGAGGUUUUCUCGGCGGUUUGCAAAGGCCUAAGCGAAAAAGGAGAUUACGGAACGAAGGAUACAUCUGGAGAGAAGUCGACAUCAGGAAGAGUUGACACACUAGAGGGGAAUCCCAUUGCUCAGCUUGUUCUGAAGCUAGACAUGUCUGGCUAUUACUCUAGGGCAUAAUCGUUCGAUAAGGAACGGUUGGAUUGUUGAUAAAAGAUACCUAGGCGUUAGAUCAAUAACUAGCCAUUAUGUUUCAACGACAAUAUUUUCGUUUACAGUAUUUACUGAAUCACCUUUCAUUCCUGAUCCACAAAGGGAAUCGUAGCAUUGAGUUCUGAUGGCAAAGACUUGGGAUGACAAGCGGCCCCGAAGCGAAAGAUGGACGGGACAUAAUGAUGGUGGCCUGCCCCGCCAAAGUGAUGCCCCGGCUCCGACCCCCCUGGUAAUGCCCCGCAUCGCGUGUCCCACCUGCCCGCGUUUGUUGAUUUACUUCCCUCCUUUGGACGAAAGAAAC